UGUAAAAAAUAAUAUUCUUCUAUGUUUAGAACAAUUACGAAAAGAUGUAUCUCGAACAUAUUCAAAUGAAUUAGAAGAAAAAGAACGAGCACAUAGCAAAGAAUUAGCUGCUAUUCGUCUACAAUUAGAUCGUGCUCUUGAAUUAACUAAAAUAAAAGAACGUGAAGCUGAUUUACGUAUUGAAGAUCUUACUAGUGAUCUUAAUAUAAAACAAUCACGGAUUGAUAAUUGUCUACGAGAUUUAAAUGAACUUCAAGAACAAAUUGAACAAUUCCGUCAUGAUAUUGAUAUGCGUAGUAAAGAAUUGCAACGUGUUCGAAAUGAAACACAAAAAGAGAUGAAACAUCGUGAAGAAAAAUUACGUAAUGAAAAUGAAGAAAAAAUUCGUGAUCUUGUACGAACACAUGAUAAUGAACAAAAACAAUUAUUAGAUGAAUUUUCUAAAGCACAUGAAUUACUUAAAUUACGUAUCUCUGAACUUCAAUCAAAACUUGAUGAAGCUGAUGAACGAUAUCGUAAUCGUGAAUCAAGAUCAGAAGAUUUAGAAUUAAUGACUACACUUCAACAAACAAUUUGUUCUUAUCAAGAACAAUUAAAAAAGAUUCAUGAUGAAAAGAAAUAUCUUAAAAUGGAAUUAAUCAAUCGUGAAACAAACUUUAAUAAAGUUUUUACUAAUGCUCCAAAUUCCAGUGUCGGUGUUAUAAAUCCUUUAGCGUAUAAUACGAAAUUUGUAAGUUUUUUAUUUCAUAUUUUUUUGUAUAAUCAUGAAAAAAUUAUUUGAAUUAAUGUUUUAUCCAGAUUUUCUCUCUCAGAACAGCCAAUUAAAACUCUACAAGGACGAGCACCUAUUUUUUAGGAGCACAAACACAUAGUGUCAAUAAUCAAGAACUUCGAAAAGAUCAACCUGACCUUCGAUGAGUAGAUCUAGUGGAGUUAGUCUCGGAUCCGAAUCUGAAAAUUUUGUACCCGAGAGGGGUACCGCUAUUUCGACCUUCACACUAGAUUAAACACUGAGUUGAAUAUGAUUUACAAGGAUAAAAUAGAAUUGCAUUAUACUAUUCUUAGUUUUUCUCCGACGAAUGAUUAAAUAUUCAUAGAAAAUUUAUGUUAAUCUUUUUAUCUAUAUUUUAUUUGAUAUAAGAAUAAUUAAAGGAGGGGGGUCGUUUUGCUUGGAAAACGGCCCCCUCUAAAAAUC